UCUUCUUCUUCACUCUCUCUCUCCCUAACAAAACAAAACAAUGGAGGGAAAUUCGGAGGUGAGUCCCAAAGCACCGCUUCUAGGUCGGAGACCGAGUGAAAACGGUCGACGGAAUCGGUCACUGAGUCGGAGGUACUCAGUCAACUCGCUCAGGACCGAGUUCGUCUCGAGACUACCUGACAAGGUCAGAGAUGAUCUGGACGUCGAGUCUAGCCCCUACGACUUCGACCUCUCGCGGACCAAAGCCUUGACUUCAGGAGAAAAGGAAUACUAUGAAAGGCAAUUUGCAACUCUGAAAUCUUUCGAGGAAGUUGAUUCUAUAGUGCAAUCAGAGUGCCUUGAUGAGGAAGAUCUUGAGGAACAAGCCCAACAUGAAAGAGCCAUGAAGAUCUCUAAUUAUGUAAACAUAAUUCUCUUGGCACUUAAGAUCUAUGCUACCAUCAAGAGUGGGUCCAUAGCCAUUGCAGCGUCGACACUUGACUCUUUACUUGAUCUAAUGGCUGGUGGCAUACUUUGGUUCACUCACUUGUCAAUGAAAACUAUAAAUAUCUAUAGAUAUCCAAUUGGAAAAUUGAGGGUGCAGCCUGUUGGAAUAAUCAUUUUUGCUGCGGUCAUGGCUACACUAGGCUUUCAGGUAUUCAUCCAGGCUGUAGAACAGCUAAUCAAAGACGAACCUUCUGAGAAGAUGUCCUUAGAGCAAUUGGUCUGGUUGUCCGCAAUCAUGAUAUCUGCAACUGUAGUAAAACUUGCCCUUUGGGUUUACUGCAAAAGCUCGGGAAACAAGAUUGUCCGUGCCUAUGCAAAGGAUCACUAUUUUGAUGUAAUAACAAAUGUGGUGGGAUUAGUCGCGGCUGUACUUGCUGACAAAUUCUACUGGUGGGUUGAUCCAGCUGGUGCCAUUGUUCUUGCCAUUUACACAAUUUCAAAUUGGUCUGCAACGGUUUUAGAAAAUGCAGUGUCACUCGUGGGACAAUCUGCCCCUCCCGAAGUCUUGCAGAAGUUAACUUAUCUUGUGAUAAGGCACCCUCAAGUUAAGCGUAUUGACACCGUUCGUGCUUACACAUUUGGCGUUCUUUAUUUUGUAGAGGUUGACAUUGAACUUCCGGAGGACUUGCCCCUAAAAGAGGCACACAUGAUUGGGGAGACCUUGCAAAUAAAGAUCGAGAAGCUUCCAGAAGUUGAGCGGGCAUUUGUUCAUCUUGACUUUGAAUGUGAGCACAAACCAGAGCAUUCUGUACUUCACAAACUGCCAAAUUCUCAGCCUUGAUUCACAAUACCCGACUUUGAGAGUCAAACGACCGUCUUUCCAUUUGUAAUGUCGCAUCAUUUUUGUUGUCGAAAGAUAUUUAUUUGAGAAAUUACAAUGAUGAGUCAAUAUUCUUCUGCUCGUCAUGGUGUACAAACAAAAAAUACAUGUUUUUGUGUCAA